AUGAGUCCUGCAUCCGCAACAAAUGAUAAUGCCAAGGUUAAGUCCACACAACCACAAUCUGAGGCUGACAAGAAGGCCGAAAGGCUCGCCAGACUAGAGGCCUGGAAGAAGAAGAAGGAAAGCAAGGCCGCCAAAGAAAAUGACGCCAACCCUCUACAGACGAGGAAGCUGUUGGCUGAGAUGGACGAAAAGGCGAACCGGCCCGCUGCCGCCGUCUCACCCGUUGUUGAGUCCCCGUCUCUGCCUCUUCUGCCCCAAGGCCAACGUCUGUACCUGCAGAUGCAUCCCCCGCUACGCUCUGCCCUCGGCUCUAUCCCAGUGACAAACGGCACCGCCAAAGCUAUGCCGGCCCCGUCGCCCAAGCCAUCCGGCCUCUUGUCAAACCGUGGAAACAUGAGUAGCUUCGGCUUCCAGAAGCAGGGGGACAAGCUUGCUAGCAAACGCAAGAUCAACUUAGAUGAGGAAGUCGCGUCACAAAGAAAACUAGUCAAGUUGCCCUCGCUUCCUAUUGAGGCCGAUGACACACCAUACGCUGACCAAGAUGAUGGAGAAUCUGACGCUGAUGAUGUGGUUGCGACUGAGGAGGAGGAAGCCGCCGCAGUCCGCGCAGCCCACGAGAAGCGCCUACAGCAAGAAAACCAAGGUGCUGACGAACCAGCUGAUGCUGUCAUGGCCGACAGCACCGCGCUUAAGCCUAAUGGUGCCGCUGUCGAAGAGUCUGCUGUGGCGGCGGAGCCUGAGGAGCCUCAGGUUACCGAAGAUUCAAUGGAGGUGGACAAGGAAGAGGACCUUGAUGUCGACCCUCUCGAUGCCUUCAUGGCGGAUCUCCGGACCCAGCCCAAGAAGAAUGGGCCGACGCGGACAGGCACUGCCAAAAACGCUCCGGAACCCGAAGCAUAUUAUAGUGAUGAUGAUUUCGCCUUUAGGGAGAAGGGCAGCAUCAAUGCCCUUGCGCAGCCUAUCAAGCGUCGCAAGAACAAGGACUUGCCAACGGUUGAUUACAGCAAACUUGACCUUGAGCCCAUCCGAAAGAACUUUUGGGUCGAACCGGCCGAAUUGAGCGCGCUGACGGAGGCCGAGGCAACCGAGCUACGGCUUGAGCUCGACGGCAUCAAGGUGUCUGGUAAGGAUAUACCGCGACCCGUUCAGAAAUGGGCUCAGUGCGGCUUGACUCGCCAAACACUAGAUGCCAUUGACAAUCUUGGCUACGAGAAGCCUACGCCUAUUCAGAUGCAGGCUUUGCCGGUCAUCAUGUCUGGUCGCGAUGUUAUCGGGGUUGCCAAGACCGGGUCCGGCAAGACAAUUGCGUUCUUGCUGCCCAUGUUCCGGCAUAUUAAGGACCAGUCACCCCUCAAGGAUAAUGAAGGGCCUAUUGGCCUAAUCAUGACGCCGACAAGAGAAUUGGCUGUGCAGAUCCACCGUGACUCGUGGUGCCGAGAUCGUGGUAUGCACCCUGGCCGCAUGAUUGACUUGCUAGCCGCGAAUCAAGGACGAGUAACGAACUUGAGGAGAGUCACGUACGUAGUCCUUGAUGAAGCCGACAGAAUGUUCGACAUGGGCUUUGAGCCUCAGGUCAUGAAGAUUUUUGCCAACAUGCGACCGGAUAAGCAAACUAUCCUGUUCUCUGCGACCAUGCCUCGUAUUAUCGAUGCCUUGACUAAGAAAGUUUUGAAGAAUCCGGUAGAGAUUACCGUAGGAGGUAGGAGCGUUGUGGCCGCAGAAAUCACCCAGUUGGUCGAGGUCCGCGAUGAAAAAUCCAAGUUUCUCCGGUUGCUCGAGCUUCUUGGUGAGCUCUAUGACACGGAUGAGGACGCCAGGACAUUGAUCUUUGUUGAACGUCAGGAAAAGGCAGAUGAUCUGCUCAAGGAACUGAUGGUCAAGGGAUACCCCUGCAUGUCAAUCCACGGUGGCAAGGAUCAGGUGGACCGAGACUCGACCAUAUCUGAUUUCAAGAAGGGAAUUGUUCCAAUCCUUAUCGCUACCUCCAUUGCUGCGCGAGGUCUUGAUGUCAAGCAGCUCAAGCUUGUUGUCAAUUAUGAUGCUCCAAACCACUUGGAGGACUAUGUCCACCGUGCCGGUCGAACAGGCCGUGCUGGAAACAAGGGUACUGCCGUCACUUUCGUGACUGAGGAGCAAGAGAACUGCGCGGCGUGCAUCGCCAAGGCCCUCGAGCAGAGCGGCCAGCCUGUACCCGAUCGUAUCAAGGAGCUACGGACGGCCUACCGAGACAAGGUUAAGUCUGGGAAGGCGAAAGAGUCGUCCGGUUUUGGUGGCAAAGGCCUCGACAAGCUUGACCAGGAGCGAGAGGCUGCACGCAUGCGCGAGAGAAAGACACACAAGGCCGAGGGCGAGGAGGAAGACUUCAAGGAGGACAGCAAGCCCACCGAGGAGGAUAAAUCCAAAUCUGGUGCUAGCAUCAAGGCCGCUGUAUCGGCUAUUGUCUCUCGCGAAGCAGCCAAGGCACAGGCCGAGGCGGGCACGAAUGCCAAAGAAGCCCCCAACUCCAAGGAUCCGCUUGACAAGGUUUCGUCUGCUGUCAGCGCGAUCAAUUCCCGUCUCGGAAAGGCUGGACAGCUUCGUACGGGCCAACCCAUAGACAACAAGGGACCUGAUGCGGGAGCAUUCCACGCGACGCUCGAGAUCAAUGACUUCCCUCAGAAGGCGCGAUGGGCUGUGACCAACCGCACUAACGUUGCCAAGAUCCUUGAGGCCACCAGCACAUCCAUUACCACCAAGGGAACGUUUUACCCGCUUGGCAAGGACCCUCCUCCGGGCGCUGAUCCUAAGCUCUAUAUUCUCGUGGAAGGAGAUACUGAGCUUGUAGUUGCCAUGGCUCUUCAGGAGCUCACUAGAUUGCUCGAGGAGGGCACGAGGGCUGCGGAAGAUGCCAUGAGCCGAGCCCCAGCGUCGGGGAGAUAUACCGUCACUUAG